GAAAGCAAAUUCAGAUGACGGAUUUGCUUGCGGCGGACAAAAACUGAGAAGGAAAUCCAGUCUAGAAGAAGAAGAAGAAGCUCAAAGAAGAAGAAGAAAAUGUCAACUUCGUCCCUAGGUUCCUUUACUCUUAUUCAAUCUACAAUCAAUGGCUCUUCCCAGGGACUUCGUCUACAGAAGUUAUCAUUCUCCCGCCCUAGUUUACCUAACUUCACUAGGAAAUCUCAAUCUCUUGUUGUCAAGGCAACUUCUCGUGUGGAUAGAUUCUCUAAAUCUGACAUCAUUGUGUCUCCAUCUAUCCUCUCUGCUAAUUUUGCAAAAUUGGGAGAACAGGUCAAAGCAGUGGAAUUGGCUGGGUGUGACUGGAUUCAUGUUGAUGUAAUGGAUGGUCGAUUCGUUCCAAAUAUAACAAUUGGACCUCUUGUGGUUGAUGCUUUGCGUCCUAUUACUGAUCUUCCAUUGGAUGUACAUCUGAUGAUUGUGGAACCUGAUCAGAGAGUGCCUGAUUUUAUUAAGGCUGGAGCUGACAUUGUUAGUGUUCAUUGUGAACAGUCCUCCACGAUUCAUUUGCAUCGUGCAGUUAACCAAAUUAAGAGUCUUGGAGCUAAGGCAGGAGUUGUGUUGAACCCUGCUACUCCUUUAAGCACAAUUGAGUACAUCCUUGAUGUUGUAGACCUAGUCCUAAUCAUGUCAGUGAACCCUGGUUUUGGUGGUCAGAGCUUUAUUGAGAGCCAAGUGAAGAAAAUCUCAGAUUUAAGGAAAUUAUGUGCAGAGAAGGGGGUUAAUCCCUGGAUCGAAGUGGACGGUGGAGUUGGCCCCAAUAAUGCAUACAAGGUUAUCGAGGCGGGAGCAAAUGCUUUAGUGGCUGGUUCAGCUGUGUUUGGAGCUAAAGACUAUGCUGAAGCUAUUAAAGGAAUAAAGACUAGCAAAAGGCCAGUUGCUGUUGGUGUAUGAAAUUCUAGAAUCUUCCGAUCAUCCUAGGUAUGAAUUCUAGAAUGUUCUGAUCCGAUGCUGUUGGUAAAGCUGGAUUUUGGCGUGUAGAGAACAUAUAUGGCAAUUGUUGUGAAUGAUGUUGUGAGAUAGUGAAGUAGUAGUAUACAAUAUAUGAUUCGAUUGUGCCUAAAAAAAAGACGGAAAAUUGUAAUAAGCAUAUUUUGCAAAAGGAAAUGUAGGCUAUUGAUCGACAUUUAUGGCUGUAACAAAUAAUAAUGGUCAUGUGUGGAUGUUUACCAUCAUUUUUUAGUUC